AUGAGGUCGCCUUCCUACAGCUGCCACAACACCACCUCAGUAGAGAAGGGCCACUCGGCGACGAUGGGCGGGAUGCUCUUCAGCGCGGGCCUCCUGGGCAACCUGCUGGCCUUGGGGCUGCUGGCGCACUCAGGGCUGGGUUUCUGCCGGCAGCGCCCACCGCGCCCGCCGCCCUCGGUCUUCUACGUGCUGGUGUGCGGCCUGACAAUCUUCGAUUUGGUGGGCAAGUGUCUCCUGAGCCCCGUGGUCCUGGUUGCCUACGCGCAAAACCAGACCCUCUCGGGCUUGGCGCCCGCGCCCAACAACUGGCUGUGCCAAGCCUUCGCCUUCACCAUGUCUUACUUUGGGCUCGCCUCGACGCUCCAGCUCCUGGCCAUGGCGCUGGAGUGCUGGCUUUCCUUAGGACACCCCUUCUUCUACCAACGGCAUGUCACCCUGCGCCGGGGCUUGCUGGUGGCGCCGAUUGUGGGUGCCUUCUGCCUGGUUUUCUGCGCGCUCCCUUUCGCGGGCUUCGGGAAAUACGUGCAGUACUGUCCCGGCACCUGGUGCUUUAUCCAGAUGGUCCACGAGGAGGGCUCGCUCUCCGUGCUGUGCUACUCUGUGCUCUACUCCAGUCUCAUGGCGCUGCUGGUCCUCGCCAUCGUGCUGUGCAACCUGGGCGCCAUGCGCAACCUCUACGUGAUGCACCGGAGACUGCAACGCCACCCGCGCUGCUGUACCAGGGACCGCGCGGAGCCCGGGGCUGGAAAGAAGGAGGCGUCGUCGCAUCCCCUGGAGGAGCUGGACCACCUGCUGCUUUUGGCGCUCAUGACCGCGCUCUUCGCCUUGUGCUCCCUGCCUUUAAUUUAUCACGCGUACCACGGAGCAUUCUCAGCUGUCAGCUAUGCCUCUGAAGAACUGGACAGCCUCCAAGCCUUGCGUUUUCUGUCUGUGAUUUCAAUUGUGGACCCUUGGAUUUUCAUCAUUUUCAGGACUUCAGUAUUUCGGAUGUUUUUUCACAAGAUUUUCAUAAGACCUCUUAAGUGUAGAAACUGGCACAGUCAUUCCUGCCAAAGUAAUAUGGAAUCCAGUUUGUGA